GUGGUCGGUCACAUUUGAGUGUCCCGGAUUUACACUUACUAUGUUACGUCUAGUCUGAGACCAUACUGAACUCUAUUGCACGGCUGGCAUGUCAUUCUCUUGUACUUUUGAGCAGAGGAGAAGACCGGAAUUGAGCUUUUACAAAUCAGUUGAGUUUAACCGGGCGCACACAGCGAGAAUGAGAGAAAUAGUUCACAUACAAGCCGGACAAUGUGGGAAUCAGAUUGGCACCAAGUUUUGGGAAAUUAUCAGCGAUGAACACGGAAUCGAUCCGACAGGAAACUAUGUGGGUGACUCAUCACUUCAAAUCGACAGGAUUAAUGUGUAUUACAACGAAGCGUCCUCACACAAGUAUGUUCCCAGAGCAGUCCUUGUGGACUUGGAACCUGGGACCAUGGACAGUGUCCGGUCAGGGACCUUUGGACAGCUAUUCAGACCUGACAACUUUAUCUUCGGCCAGACAGGUGCAGGGAACAACUGGGCCAAGGGCCACUACACUGAGGGAGCAGAGCUAGUAUACUCUGUGCUGGAUGUGGUGAGGAAGGAGUGCGAGAACUGCGACUGCCUCCAGGGCUUCCAGCUAACCCACUCCCUGGGUGGGGGCACAGGCUCGGGCAUGGGCACUCUGCUCAUCAGCAAGAUCCGCGAGGAGUACCCCGACCGCAUCAUGAACACGUUCAGUGUCAUGCCCUCUCCCAAGGUGUCGGAUACGGUGGUUGAACCGUACAAUGCCACCCUCUCUGUGCACCAGCUGGUGGAGAACACGGACGAGACAUACUGCAUUGACAACGAGGCACUCUACGACAUCUGCUUCCGUACCCUGAAACUGACCACGCCCACUUACGGAGACCUCAACCAUCUGGUGUCAGCCACCAUGAGCGGCGUGACCACCUCACUGCGGUUCCCCGGUCAGCUCAACGCCGACCUUCGCAAACUGGCCGUCAACAUGGUGCCCUUCCCCCGCCUGCACUUCUUCAUGCCUGGCUUUGCACCGCUAACCGCCCGAGGGAGCCAGCAGUACCGCGCCCUGACGGUGCCGGAACUCACCCAGCAGAUGUUCGAUGCCCGCAACAUGAUGGCGGCGUGCGACCCACAUCACGGCCGCUACCUCACCGUGGCCACUGUAUUCCGCGGGCCCAUGUCCAUGAAGGAGGUGGAUGAGCAGAUGCUGGCCAUCCAGAACAAGAACAGCAGCUACUUCGUGGAGUGGAUCCCCAAUAACGUCAAGGUGGCCGUGUGUGACAUCGCACCCCGCGGCCUCAAGAUGGCCUCCACAUUCAUCGGCAACAGUACAGCCAUCCAGGAGCUGUUCAAGCGCGUCUCGGAGCAGUUCUCGGCCAUGUUCCGCCGCAAGGCCUUUCUGCACUGGUUCACCGGGGAGGGCAUGGACGAGAUGGAGUUCACUGAGGCAGAGAGCAACAUGAACGACCUAGUGUCUGAGUACCAACAGUACCAGGAGGCCACGGCCAAUGACGGGGAAGAGACAUUUGACGAUGAGGAAGAAGAGCUCAAUGAGUAAGGAGAAUGUGAACACAUUUUGUUUUAUGUCCGGAGGUCACGGAAGCAGUGGUGGAAAUAAAAUGUUUUAAAGGCAAGUGAAACAAAUAUGUUGUGUAUUUUCAAAUCCGUAUGUACUUUUCUCAAUUCAUGUUGGUUGUGGGCACGUUAUGUUUGAUGGUUGCUGCGUAUUUGAUUAGCACAUUGGGAGGCUGAUUUGCAAAGCUUCUGCUCUAGUCUCGUUCAAAGGGGAUGGAAGACAAAAACAAAGGCAAAACAUGAAACUGUCUUGGUUAACUUUCCCAUGUCCAUCUUUCUUUUGGCUUCAACUAUUGUGGUUGUAUACCCAUUAGAAUAUAACAUGUUCCUAUUUACAUCUUGGUCUCUCUCAUAAAAUAAGUUACAAACCUCAAGGGACUCUUCCUGGAUAAAUAAAAGGUUAUUCUAUUGUAUGACUAUGAUGAUGGAAAAUACAGAAAAGUGCAUUGUCAUAGUUUGCUCAUCAUUCUCGCUCCAUUUUGUUUAGACUUUAUUAACUCGCAUUUCUAUUUAGGGGAUUAAGAAAGGGAACCAGCCAUUGCCCAAACCAAGUGCUUUGUUCAUAUUCACCUCAGUCAUGUACCACAACAGACAGGCCUCAAUGCUCCUAUGGUGGGGGCAAAUCACAACAACUGCUGGGCAAGGCAUUCUCUAAUUAGAACUGUGGAGUUAACAAUGGGGGGGACUCCCAGUCUGCACUUACUGAACUAUUUAGAGCUAUUCAUGGCCUCAAUGAGUCUUCUGCAAUUCACGUACUAGCUAACUGCCCCAGUCCACUGCUAAAUAUUAGAGGCAUUGAUGUGAAAAAAAGAUACCCAAGUAGCCUAUGUGUGAAAAACUGUACAUAUUUAACAACUUCAAUAUACUUCACAAAUGUGAAAAAACAAACUGGAAGGGAAUCUUGCCCCCUGAUUUGAAAAAGAUGAAGCAUGAUCCGCAUCUGAUUGUAAAGGCUCUUUCACUAUACCAGCCCACUAGGCCGUUUGCCCCUACCAAUUUGGAGCUCUGUAUGGUGGAAGCUUAAACCUAUCUAGAUCCUUCAGAUCUGCGAACAUCUAAGUGAUAAGGUCAGGGGAAGGGGUAGGAAGUGAAUUGGUACGGGCUGUGUGUUAAAUUGACGUAGUGGUUGGAAGGGCUUGGCGUGGUAUUCACAGCUGGUGUCACAGACGGUCUUGGCUUGGCCAGUCAGCUGGGAAGCCAGCUGCAGAAAUGGUUAAGUGUGCCUGAGUCAUGCCACUCAAAUUACCCCCAUCUUUGAAGGCAAUGUUAUCUCACUGAGCUAAAGCCAAGGCAUUACCCCUGGGAGCACAUCUAUCCAGCAAUGAUCUUGGCAAUAGUUAAUAGUGAUUGUUUAAGUGUUAGCAGAUACUGUAAGUGUUUUUCCUGGUAAAAGAUUUACUUCCUCAGAAAGUGACAGCAUGGAUCCUUAAUAGCAAAACUAAUAUAUGAAAAAAAUAAAGACAAUUUAACUCUUUAAAAAGCUGUUCUUGCAUGAGAACCAGAACCAGACAUGCUGGAUUGCAGUAUGUCACAUCCAACAACGAGCCAAUUAUUUUUUGCUUUAGCAAGUAAGCAAAACAUUGCAACUACGGCAGAGGACUUCAGUCUGAAUAGUUGGUGAAUCAAACAUGAAUAAACGUUUCCCUACAAUUGGAAAAAAUUGUGUGACUUUGAGGAAAAAAAUAACCACAAGAGACAGCACAUGCAGCUGUUGAAGAACACAUGAAACACUCCCAUGUCACUCUACAGUCUUACAGAACCCCACUGCCUAUUUAAGGAGGACUGUGCACUGGCUCUCAGACUGGGUAAUGAAAUAUUGCCAAACAAGGGGACGAGUGACUUAAUGUACUUAAUGGAGAUGAAUGGAAGGUGCACAUUGGUACUGCAUUAGGGAGAUAUGUGCAUGGUGCACUCUUGUGGUUAAAGAGUGAACAAAUAACUUAAGGAUACUGUAAAAACAAAUUAUACAUACUUGUUUAUAACCCCCCCCCCCCUUCACCUCACAAACCUUAAAAGUGGUUACAAGGGUCACACCAUAGAGAUAGUUAGAAGGCACAACAUCAUAUCUGUCCCAUUAUCGCGUCUGUAAGAGCAUGGGCAACGCGAUUGAGGCAAUCUCCAUUUAAAAGUAGUCCAUUUUAUUCAACUACUUUUAUGAGAUGAUAAACAAACAGAAAGGAUGAUUAGACCUAUUGCCAUCUGGAGUGUGUUGUUUGAACCAGUAUGAAGCCAGGGUUGACAAUUUACUGACACCUGCAGUUAUGGAAUAUUUGCUCAUAUAAUUCAUUGGCUGAUCCCUCCUGAUGACCUGGAUGGAAUUAUGUGGUCCAUCCUUAACCCAUAGGAAGUCCAACCAAGUUGACUACUUAAAAAUAGUGAAAUUCCUCAAUAGUGCUGCACAACGCUAUACUGAACAAAAAUAUAAAAGCAACAUGUAAGGUCCCAUGUUUCAUGAGCUGAAAU